AUGUCAGUCGAAGGUGCCAAAAGCCCGGCUAGCGAGACCAAGGACCUGGAGGGGGUCAGCGAUGCCCAGGGAGCUGCCGCCCGCAGCCAGGAUGGGCAGUCCAGCCGCCCUGCGGGAGGUGCCAAGCGGCAGAAGAAGAUAGCGGUGUUGACGAGUGGAGGUGACUCGGCCGGCAUGAACGCUGCCGUUCGAGCGGUGGUCCGGCAAGGUAUCGCUCGAGGAUGCCAGACCUUCAUCAUCCGGGAAGGCUGGGAAGGUCUCGUCCGCGGUAAUACCGCCGACAUCACCCCUGCAGCUACGCCCGCCACGUUCAAAAAUGGCUCGGAUCCAUCAUCACCCAAUCUCAAGCCGCUCAAGUCUAGCUCGGUAUCCUUUGCUUCCCUCCCCCCUUCAAAGCAGCUCGAGCUGCAGAGGGCCGACGACAAGCUCGCGAGCAUUGAAGCCGGCGCGCCACAUGCUUUCAGCUACACCAACCCGGAAGAGGUCAUGCCUCUGUCGGCGGCACCGCUGUCUUUCGGCUACGGCGAGCUGUUGAAGGAUGGAGCGGGAGAGGCGGACGAGAAUGCCCUGGCAGAUGCUCAGCGGGGUGGUCUUGGCGCAAGGGUAGCGGAUGCGAGGGAGCCAAAAGGAAAGACACUCAAGGGGAAGUAUAUCGUCCGGGUCGGAUGGGACGAUGUCAGGGGGUGGUUAGGCGAAGGCGGAACUCUGAUUGGAUCUUCGAGAUGUCCCUCUUUCCGAACGAAAGAAGGGAGACUACAGGCGGCGCACAACCUCAUCAGCUUCGGUAUCGACUGCUUGGCUGUCUGCGGCGGAGACGGUAGUUUGACUGGAGCGGACAAGCUUCGUGGAGAAUGGCCUGAGCUGGUCGAGGAGUUGCACAAGAAUGGCAAGAUUGACGACGAUCAGCGGGACGCGUACCAGCACUUGAACAUCGUCGGUCUGGUUGGAUCCAUCGAUAACGAUAUGGCCUGCACAGAUAUGACUAUCGGCGCUCUCACCGCCCUUCACCGUAUCUGCGAGUCUAUCGACUCCAUCUCUUCGACCGCCUCGUCUCACUCGAGAGCCUUCGUGAUCGAAGUCAUGGGUCGACACUGCGGGUGGCUGGCUCUGCUGGCGGGUAUCGCGACCGGUGCGGACUACGUCUUCAUCCCGGAGGACCCGCCAAAGGCCGAUGAUUGGGAGACUGAGAUGUGCGACCUGCUGCAAUCUCACCGACUGGUCGGGAAGCGGAAGUCCAUCGUCAUUGUCGCCGAGGGCGCACUCGACCGCCACCUCAAGCCCAUCAAGUCUGAAUAUGUCAAGUCUGUCUUGGUAGACCGGCUCGGCCUGGACACGCGGGUGACGACCCUUGGUCACACCCAACGAGGUGGAAAGCCCUGCGCUAUGGACCGGAUCUUGCCGACUCUCCAGGGUGUCCAGGCGGUCCAGGCUCUCCUCGAGGCGACACCGGAGACCCCUUCAUACAUGAUCGGUAUCCAGGAGAACAAGAUCAUCAAGGUCCCCCUUCUCGAGGCCGUCGCCCAGACUCAAGCGGUCGCCACAGCUAUCGAGAACAAGGACUUCGCCAAAGCCAUGAGCUACCGAGACUCCGAGUUCAAGGAGAUGCUGCAGGCGUUCCGGAUCAGCUCGAGUCUGGACAUCAAGGACCACGUGCCAGAAAAGCAGCGUCUCAGGAUCGGUAUCAUACAUGUCGGAGCACCCGCUGGAGGUAUGAACGCUGCUACCCGCCAAGCGGUCCGUUUCUGCCACAACCGAGGGCACCUUCCCAUCGGCAUCCACAACGGGUUCGAGGGUUUGCUCGACGACAACGUCACAGAGCUGUCUUGGCUCCGUGUUGACACCUGGACAACCCGAGGCGGUUCGGAACUCGGCACCAACCGUACACUGCCAAGCGAGGAUCUCGGCCAGGUCGCCGCUGGCUUCCAGCGUCAUUCGCUCGACGCACUGCUCAUCAUUGGUGGCUUCGAGGCGUACCACUCCGUCAUGAUCAUGGAGCAGGCUCGGGCCGCAUACCCCUCAUUCCAGAUUCCCAUGAUCCACCUUCCCGCAACCAUCUCCAAUAAUGUACCCCUCUCAGAUUUCUCGCUCGGGAGCGACACUUCUCUCAACGCCCUCGUCGAGGCUUGCGACGCCAUCAAGCAGUCAGCAGCAGCCAGCCGAAACCGAGUCUUCGUGGUCGAGACCCAAGGCGGUCAGAGCGGAUACAUCGCCACUCUUGGUGCGCUGGCCGUCGGAGCUGUGCUCGUCUACACGCCAGAGGACGGUAUCUCGCUCAAGCUUCUGCAAGAGGAUGUGGAGUUCAUGCGGAGGAGGUACGAGCUGGAUCCGAAGGGCAGGUCAGAGGGGCGACUGGUCAUUCGAUCCGAGAAGUCCAGUAGCAUCUACUCGACCGAGAUCCUCACCAAGAUCAUGAAGGAAGAAGGCAAAGAGCUGUUCGACGCCCGGUCCGCCUCGCUCGGCCACACCCUCCAAGGCGGCGUCCCAUCCCCUCUCGACCGUACCCGCGCCGCUCGGCUCUCCCUCCGGUGCAUGCAGUUCCUCGAACAGCACGCUACACCCAACGCUCAGCACGUCCGAGGCAAGCGUACCUACUCUUCAGCCACCGCGGUCAUGAUUGCCAUUCGAGGCAGUCAGAUCGUGUACGCCACGAUGGAGGAGGCACUCAAGUGCACGGACAUGAAGUUGAGGAAGGGGACGGAUGAGUGGUGGGGUGAUCUCAAGCAGUUGGCGGAGAUGAUGGGUGGGCGGACGGGACUGGUCAAGAACUAG